AUGAGGGGUAUUGGGGAUAUUGAGAGGGGGGGUAUUGCGAGGUGGAAUAUUGCGAAGGAGGAUAUUGCGAAGGAGGAUAUUGCGAGGAGGGGUAUUGCGAGGAGGGGUAUCGCGCGGGAGGAUUUUGCGGCGGGGGAUAUUGUGACUGGGGAUAUUGCGACGGAGGAUAUUGUGAGGGAGGAUGCUGCGAUGCUGGUGAUAUUCGAAGAGUUACCUGCCAUAGCACGAGGAGAAUUGCUGUAG